CGGCUCCCCAGCCCCAGGCCGGGAGGCCCAGAUGGGGGAACCCCGGGCUGGGGCCCCCCUGGAUGAUGGCAGCGGCUGGACAGGAAGUGAGGAAGGAAGUGAGGAGGGCACCGGUGGCAGCGAGGGGGCUGGGGGAGACGGGGGCCCGGACGCAGAGGGUGUCUGGAGUCCGGAUAUCGAGCAGAGCUUCCAGGAGGCCCUGGCCAUCUACCCGCCCUGCGGCCGGCGGAAAAUCAUCCUGUCCGAUGAAGGCAAGAUGUAUGGUCGGAAUGAACUGAUUGCCCGCUACAUCAAGCUGAGAACGGGGAAGACCCGAACUCGCAAACAGGUCUCUAGUCACAUCCAGGUUUUGGCCCGAAGGAAAUCGAGGGAAAUCCAAUCCAAGCUCAAGGCCCUGAAUGUGGACCAGGUUUCCAAGGACAAGGCUUUCCAGACAAUGGCCACCAUGUCCUCAGCCCAGCUCAUCUCAGCACCUUCCCUGCAGGCCAAACUGGGUCCCGCGGGUCCUCAGGCCUCUGAGAUUUUCCAGUUUUGGCCGGGGGGCUCUGGGCCCCCCUGGAAUGUUCCAGAUGUGAAGCCAUUCUCACAGACGCCGUUUUCCUUGUCACUGACUCCCCCAUCUACUGACCUCCCAGGGUACGAGCCCCCCCAAGCCCUCUCACCUCCUGCCCUGCCCCCACCUGCCCCAUCACCGCCAGCCUGGCAGGCUCGGGCCCUGGGCACUGCCCGGUUGCAGCUGGUGGAGUUCUCGGCGUUUGUGGAACCGCCGGAUGCAGUUGACUCUUACCAGAGGCACCUGUUCGUACACAUCAGCCAGCACUGCCCCAGCCCUGGAGCGCCCCCCCUCGAGAGUGUGGACGUCCGGCAGAUAUAUGACAAAUUCCCUGAGAAAAAGGGCGGUCUGCGGGAGCUGUAUGACCGUGGGCCCCCCCACGCCUUCUUCCUGGUCAAGUUCUGGGCGGACCUGAACUGGGGCCCGAGUGGCGAGGAGGUGGGGGCCGGCGGCAGCAGUGGUGGCUUCUACGGAGUGAGCAGCCAGUACGAGAGCCUGGAGCACAUGACCCUCACCUGUUCCUCCAAGGUCUGCUCCUUUGGCAAGCAGGUGGUGGAGAAGGUGGAGACGGAGCGUGCCCAGCUGGAGGAUGGGAGGUUCGUGUACCGCCUGCUGCGCUCGCCCAUGUGCGAGUACCUGGUGAAUUUCUUGCACAAGCUGCGGCAGCUGCCCGAGCGCUAUAUGAUGAACAGCGUCCUGGAGAACUUCACCAUCCUCCAGGUGGUGACCAACAGGGACACCCAGGAGCUGCUGCUCUGCACCGCCUACGUCUUUGAGGUCUCCACCAGCGAGCGGGGGGCCCAGCACCACAUUUACCGCCUGGUCAGGGACUGAAGGGGAACCCCCAAAGUGGCUCACCCCCGGAAGGACCUCCAGCUUUCCUCAUGCUUUUAUUUGGGGAGGGGGCUGCUCCCUGUUAGAGGGGACCUUAAAAGCUGGGUGGUGAGUUGAAUGGGCUGGGACCGAGAGGAAAGAAUCGAUCCUGAUAUGGGACCUCACAGGGGCGUCUGAAAGGACACAUCACUCCAGCGCAUCAGGGACUGGUCACAGGAGUGAGACAACCCCCAGGUACAGCACUGGUUUCUCAGUCUUUACCAGGCGCCCUCCUCCCACUCUGUUCUGGAUGUUUCGGAGGGCCCUCGUUACACAUCGGCUUGUCCCUCACUCUGUUUCUCAGCCCCCCUCUUUUCCCUGCCUUCCUUUCCUUACCACCCCCAACCUGUGACCCUAAUAUCGAAUAUUGAAGGUUAACCCUUUCUGUGCAGGAGCAGAGCCAGGUGGGCCCUGGAAAUAUUUUUUUUUUAAUAUAACAAGAGAUAUUUAUAAGUGGG